CACGGCCCUCCCGGAGCCCCUCCGGAUGGACGACGGCCGCAGAGCCAAGGACUUCGGCCAGCAGUUGUUCGAGGACCCCACGGCUGAAUUCACCGUGCCCGAAUCCAAGAAGGCGGCCGGGCCUCCCCUCCCGUACGAUACCGAGUCGAGCCUCCCGGCCGCUCCGGCUAGUUCCGAGACCGCCGCGUUCGACUGUUUCCCUGAUCCCGCCGCCGGUUCGGCCGGCUCCGGAGACCCCGCCGACCCUUUUGCCUGGCCGGAAGAGAAUCUGGGAGAAGCCUGCCCCAGGUGGGGCCUGCAACCCCCGGACCUGCCCAAGGGACUAGGCCGCGGCAAGCCCCCCGAGGGUUCCUGCCAGGAGAAGAAAAACGGCCCCGCUUGCAUGGGCUUCCAGGAGGGAGGGCCGCCGGCCGACAAGGGGCGAGCAGGAGGCUUCAAGCAGGAAGAGGUCAGAGAGGCGAAGGAGGAGAAGGAGGAGGAGGAGGAGCGGCAGGCGCAGCAGGGGGAAAACAGGCUGAGGUGCCCGGGAGCCAGCAAAGUGGAGGACCAGUGGCUGGAGGACAGCCGGCACUGCUGCUCGGCCGGUGACUUUGGUGACCUUUCCUUGCUCCCCUCCGCAGACCGGAAGGACCUGGAGGCCGAGGAGUACUCUUCCCUUUGCGAAUUGUUAGCCGGGCCCGAGCCGAGGGCCACGGUCCAGGAUCCGUCCCCCGUCCCCGAGGCGCCCCCGCUCUGCCCCAAGGAGGAGGAGCCCGAGGAACCCCUGGUUUCGAAGGCCGACUGGGUCUCCCCCUGCCGCCUGUCCGGAGACUCCGUCAUCCUCCUCGGCCCGGCGGUGGGCCCGGAAUCCAAGGUGAAGAGCUGGUUCGAGUCAUCCCUGCCCCACAUGGAGCCCGGAGAUGAGGAGGGAUCCAAGAGCAGUACGACCGCCCGGGGGACCCCAGCCCUCGAGGCCGCUUGGCCGGAGGCGCCCAACAGCCCCCUGGCACCCGCAAACGCUUCUGUCAGAAAGGAGCCCGGACCCCGAGGGAAGGGCGUACGUGGCCGGAGAGGGCAGCGGGGCUGGGUAGAGGGGGAGGAGUUGGGCGGCAGGGCCCCGGCCCCGCUGCCCAAGGACCCCCAACCACCUGAGCCGGGCCCCGGGCCCUCCCGAGGCCCCGGGGAAGAACCGACUGUUCCAGGGAGGUUGGGCCCUCUCGGCAGGGGGCCGGCCGAGGGCCAGCCCAGGAUGUGCACCCGCUCCUUCAGUGCCCUGAACGAGCCCCGGGCCCCCGCCCCAUCCACCCCGGGCCCGCCUCCCCCGUCCGCUCCGGGAGACAGGCCCGGCGGCAAACCCAGGGCCGCCCUCAAGACAGGGAGGCGUGCGGGCAAGCCGCCCCCCAGGGCGGGGCCGAACGCCGGCAGCGAGCCCGCCAGCCCGCUACCGGUGCCCAGCCCGGCCCCGGAAGGUGGUCCACUGGGGCCGAGGGCCAGCGACACCGAGUCCGCCGACGUCUCCGGGAAGGACCAGGGAUCCAUGAUCCUCCGGUCCCGGACCAAGGCCCAGGAGCUGUUCCGCCCCAAGCGGAGGCGGUCCACGGAGGGGAGGAGGGCCAAGAACUGCAGACCCCCCAAGAAACUCAUCUCCAACAACCACCUGCCCCCGGCCUUCCAAGGGGCCGGCGGGGCCGCCCCGAAGGAAGGGAGAGGAAGCCGGAGGGAGAAGCUCCCCAAGCCCGGGGCCGGAGUCGGGGCCAAGCUACCCGACCGGCCCCUCCACUCCCUGAAGAGGAAAUCCAGCUUCCUGUCCCCCGUCCCUACCAAGAAGAGGAAUCUGAUCCUGCGCAGCGGCGGUGGCCUCAAAGAGGACAAGGCCGAGGCCUCGCCUAGCCUCUUCAAGCGGAUCUCCUCCCCGAAGAAGGCGAAGCCCGCCAAGGGCGCCGGAGAGGCCGGCCCGAAGCCCCCUCCGCCCGAGACCCCGGACGUGUGCAUCAAGAUCACCUCCCGGGCCGCCUUCCCGGGGGCCAUGAAGACCAAGGUCUUGCCUCCGCGGAAAGGCCGCGGCCUGAAACUGGAGGCCAUCGUGCAGAAGAUCACCUCCCCCAGCCUGAAGAAGUUUGCUUGCAAGACGGCCGCGGCCGCCGCCGCUGCCGCCGCCGCCGCUGCGGCCACUGCCGCUGCCGCCGCUGCCGCCGCCGCCGCCGCCACUCCGACACACGGUGAUCCUCUGAGCCCAUCGUCCCUCCCCGACAAGGAGAGGGCCCUCAAGAAUGCCAGCGUGACCCCGGCCGCGGUGGGGGAAGCGAGGCCGUCAAACCCGGGCAGGGCACAAAAGGCUCCUGCCGCUGCAGGAGCGGAGCAAUUAUGCAGAAAUUCCAACAACAGAGCCUUAAAAGGCAAACUAAUGAACAGUAAGAAACUGUCCUCUGACUGUUUCAAGGGUGAGGCCUAUUCAUCUCCCGAGACGCUGCAGCACGGCAGCAUGGCUGCUAAGAGCCUCGGCCCGGUGCCCAAGAAGAGGAGCCGGAAAGGGAAAGCUGCAGCCCUGAGCCUGGCCAAGAACCCGCCGGAGAAGCGAACUCAUCUGGCUCCCACCCUGCUCCUGGCUUCCAGGGAGAGGGCGGCGGCGGCGGCGGCGGCAGCGGCGGCCGCAGGGAGCGGGCUGGCCAGUGGUGGGGGGAAGAAACCAAAGAGUGAGGACAAAGGCCUGGCCUCCGAGCCCCCAGAGGGGAGACCCUCGCCGCCCCAGACCCGGGGGCAGAAGCAGCCGGUGACCCACGCGGCCAGCUACAACGGCUACUCCAAGAGGCAGCGGAAGCGGCUCUCGCGCAGCAAGGCCAAGAACGUGGCUUCCCGGUGCAAGAGCCGGGCGAAGCGGCGGCGGCGGCGGCCCCAGCAGCAGCAGCAGCAGGCCCCGCCGCUCGACCCCGCGGAGCCUGAGAUCCGCCUCAAAUACGUCGCCUGCAAGAGGCUGCGGGCCGACAGCCGGGCCCCGCCCUUCUCCCCGUUCGUGCGCGUGGAGAAGAAGGGCCAGUUCGGGGCCACCUGCACCGUGGUCAACUCCCCCGGAGAGGAGCCCAAGGCCCAGCCCCGGCGGGAGAAGCCCCCCUCCUCGUCCUCGUCCUCCUCGUCCUCGGCCGCCUCGCCCGCGGCCUCGUCCUCGGGCCCGGCCGCGCUCCCCGCCGGCGCCUCCCUGCAGCUGCCCCUCUCGUCCACCAUGCGCCUGGGCCCCGUGAUCGCCAAGAACCUCAGCGCGGCCUGUCUGGUCUGCUGUCUCUGCCGGAACCCGGCCAACUUCAAGGACCUGGGCGAUCUCUGCGGGCCCUACUACCCCGAGGACUGCCUGCCCCAGAAGAAGUCACGCCUCAAGGAGAAGGCCAGGCUGCCGGAGGGGCCCCGGGAGGAGACGCCCCCGCCGCCCCCACCGGCGGAGAGAACGCUCAGGGCGGCGGAGAGCCCCUGCCCCGGCGCCAAGCCCCCGAGGCCGGACGGGGCCGCCGCCGCCGCCGCCGACUCGGCCAAGCAGAGCGCCCUCCGUUCCAGCUCCAGGGGCAUGUUCAGGAAGCCCCAGAGCUGCUACUGCUGCGAUGAGCGGACAACGGAAGGGGAGGAGGCCCCGGCCCCAGCCGCCCCUACCCCGGCGGACCGACCCCGGAAGCACGAGUGCAGCAAGGACGAGGCCCCCCCGCCCGAGCCGGCUGGGGAGACCCAGGAGCACUGGGUCCACGAGGCCUGCGCCAUAUGGACCGCUGGGGUUUACCUGGUGGCGGGAAAGCUGUUCGGGCUGCAGGAGGCCAUCAAGAUGGCGGCCGACGUGAGAUGUUCCAGCUGCCAGCAAACAGGAGCCACCGUGAGCUGCUGCCAUAAAGGAUGUGCCCAAACCUACCAUUACGCAUGCGCUGUUGACACAGGUUGCGUAUUAGUAGAAGAGAACUUUUCAUUGAAAUGUCCUAAACAUAAGAGGCCGCCGUUGUAAUCCACCCACUGGAGACUCAUCUCCUCCGUCUGGCCAGAAGAUGCCACGAGAGCGCUGUGCCCUCCACCCCCUCCACCCCGCCCCCACUUCCCACCAGGGCCGAGGCCAAGACCACCCUGAUGGCCGAAGCAAAGAGGAACGAACGGACCCUUGUUGUUAGCCUGCGCCCCUCUCCUGUGCCUCCCGCCUCCACUCCCCACCCAGGUUAGAGUCUCUCAUCUGAACGCCAGGAGCCGGGGUGGCCCCAGAGUCUCCCCUUGCCGCCAGGGACCCAGAGCUGACCCAUGGGGCUCAGUAUUACUCCAGGCUUGGGGCCCAGCCGACUGACUUGUCCCCUCGCUCCACCUGGGGCAGAGGCCCGGGUAACCCCUGACCAGAGAACUGGAACCUCCCUGACGGAACUGGAUUCUGAACCUGCUCUCUCCACCGCUGCCGCCCGUUUCCCAACCCGGGGUCACGUUGAGUCCUCAAGCCCUCGCCCCCGGAAAGCGGGUCCACUGAGGCACCCGCGGCUCGGCCCCCUCCCACUGAGCCUCUUUGCGGGGCAGAACCAGUUGCUGGAGGCGGUGCGUGCCAGGGACAAGUCUUCCCCAGGCCCGGGCGGUGAGGCCAGGCAGCACAAACGCCUCAUUGUUCUCUACCUUCUGCCAACAUCCUCGCGCCUGCCAGGACUGGAACCCAGGGCCCCACUUGGGUUCUUUUACUCCUAAAUACUUGCUGUUUUGGAGGGAAUGUCACUCCCCCCUCCACCUCCACCAAACUUGGUCUGUCUCUGUGCAUUCUGGGGUAGAUCCAAAAUGGGAGAGGAAGCCGGGGAUAAAGCCAGGUCCUACCGGAGUCUCGGCCGGAUGGGAAAAGGGGAGGGCGGACCUUCCCUCUGCUGCCCGGCGAACCCAGUUCACCACCCUGCUCUUGUCUAGCCCAACCCUUCUCCGGCUCCUCUCAGCAACAGCCCAACUGCCCUCCCCUCACUAGGCUCUGCUGCCGCCCACCUGCUUCGGCCUUCCCUGCCAGCACAGUUCAGAGUAAUCUGUUGAGAAGAGCAUCCUUGCGCAGCGAAGAGAGACCUCAGGCCCUGGCCUGCCCCCAUUCAUGAGAGAACCCUCCCCCAUGCUCCCCCCAGCAAAACACACUCACACACUACCCUGCUACCUGGGCUGAGCUGUCUGACGGCCGGGCGGCUGACACCAAACCAGCAAAUCUGAAUCUCACCAGCCUGUGUGGGAGGGACUGCUCGGCCGGGCUUCUCCUGUUUCCCACAGGAAACGGCAGUGGGUCCCGCCGAGACACGGCGAGGGGGCCGGGGUGGCAUCGGGAAGGGCUGAGCCCCAGGGUCAGAUGUGAGCUAUCAACUUCGUCCUUCACUUUCGCGUCCCAGACUCGCCUCGUGGUCCCUUGGGUAGCCCUUGGGCCACUUCUAGUCUCCAAGUUGAUCAGUCCAUCGAUGGUAUUUGUUGAACACCUACCGUGUGAACAGUUCCAUACCGCUUAGGAGAGUGCAAAUGAGUUAGAAGACACUAUCCCUGCCAAUCCCCUCCGGUCGAAUCCUUGCUUUGGUACCUUUGAUUCCAGGCUAAAAGGGUGCUUCCCGCUGCCGGUCUCGACUACUCAUGUGAUUUGACCCAAGCUGCAGCAGGGCUGAUCUGAACCACCUCAGGGCAGGAUGCACUUUUGCGAGGUGGGAUCUGUCUCCUGGAGGGGAAGGUGUGGAAGCGGAGAGGGUGUCAUCUCUCAAUCCAUCAGUAGAGCUAGGGUAGUGGUUUGGGGCCUUUCGAGUGGAAAGCAGCAAAGAGCUGACAAGAAGCGACAAGCUGGUAAACUGCAAGCGGUUAGCAACAUUCUGCCAUCUCUCUUGCUGAGCAGCGGCCCCGCUGGGAGGCCGUUCACCUGGGCAAGGUCACGGGGGUCCCUAUUGGCCCCCUUGACUGUGCGACAUCUGGUCACCCUGGGUCAUUUGCAGUCACGUCCGAGGGUGGGGGCCCAAACCAUUUCUCCGAGUCUGUCCCGGGGGUGGUUGAUGGCGGUUUGAGCUCAUCCCACGGGGUGACUUCCCAAUCCUUGGAUUGUCCUUCAUCAGCACACCUGGAACUGCCGCCCCACCCCAUGAUGAUGAGAAUGCGCUACGUGGCCCUCCGUCAUAUGACUGUGCUGGUUUGUCCUUAUCCCUGCUUCGUUCAUGCCUCCAUCGCUCAGCUGCUCUAAGAAGCCCUGCUCCUUCGUCGUCCUCCCCCUCUCCUUCAGGGCCUGGCUCCGUGCCUGUGACCCAGAUCCAUUGCUGGCGAUGUCGGUGGGCCCGGAGACCUCGCCGGCUGGCAUCUCGGAGUUGCCCCACGGCACCCGCUGCGAACUGGGAGAUCAAAGGCGGCAGCGGCGGCUGCUGCUACUGCAGCUGCCCAAUUAGGAGGCAGUUUCAGGCCAGUCCGUUUAUCGGGUUCCAAGUUGGCUUCAUUCUUGGCAUCGGUCCUCACCUCCCCUCACUCGGCCCCCUGGGUAUCCAUCCGGUGGCCUGGGUUGUCUUAUCUUACACUUCUCAUUCUGCGUAGCCCCCUCCCUGACUCUCUCCUGCCUAUCACCCGGCCGGCCUGGUGGCUCCCUGGACCGGCCACUCCCUGGGGCUGGCUCUGGGGGUGUGCACGUGUGCGUGCGUGUGUGUGUGUGUCCAUCCCCGAGUGGCCCGUCAGCUUAAACCCACACUGUCCAACACUCCCAGCAGCAACGAGGGCGGCUCCGCCAAGAUGGGUCACGCAUGGAAAGAGGUUGUCGUUU